AUGAGGGUUACUCAAAGACCUGUCACGCCUACAGGUACGAGGUUCGAGUCAGACUGCCUUUCCAGGCACAGCGGUUAUGCAAAGACCUGUCACAUCCACAGGCACGAGGGUAUGCAAGACCUGUCAGGUUACAGGUACAACAGUCACAUAGAGGCCUUCCACAUCCACAGGCAUAAGGGCAUGCAAGACCUGUCAGAAUCUGCAGGCUCAAUAGUCAUGGAGAGGCAUGAUCAGGACGAGGAGGCCCAUCGUUCACUAAUGGUCAUCACUCCUGAGACCAUAUUCGGGACGGCAACAUUGACCUAUGGAGAAACAAUUUGGGUUAAUAAUGGCGGCAAUUGGGGCGACUGGGGAGAGAUGGAGCACUGUCCUACUGGGACCUCUGCAAUAGGAUUCAGCUUAAAGGUGGAGCGACCACUUGGAUCUCAUGGAGAUGACACUGCCCUGAAUUCAAUCAUGUUACAUUGCGCCCCCAAUGGAAGCACAGAUAUUAAAGGGACAAUUACAUCUACAAUCUCAAGAUGGGGGGACUGGACUCAUGUUCCAUGGUGUCCCAGUGGACAUUUCAUAAGUUUUUCCUUAAGAGUUGAGAAGCCGCAGGGUAGAGGAGAUGACACAGCGGCCAACAACAUCAGGAUGAAAUGUUCAGAUGGUACCAUUAUAGAAGGAGACGGAGGAUACUGGGGAGAAUAUGGAGGCUGGAGUGAAGAAUGUGCAAAGGGGAUCUGUGGUAUACAAACCAAAGUGGAGCAACCACAUGGCAAUGGAGAUGACACCGCGCUCAAUGAUGUCCAGUUUGAUUGUUGUUCAUCUUAG